CAAUGACCCAGUAGUAGUGUCUGUGUGUCCGUGUGUGGGUGAGUGAGACAUCAGUUCGGAACUGUUUAACUCUUACACACGGAGCAGGUCACACAGGUGGCGUUCAGAAUGAAUUUCCUCCUGGAGACUCUGCGUGUGCUGGUGCUCUCGGUCUAUUACAUCCUGGAAUCCUGGGUGAAAUUCCUCCUGCCAGUAGGGAAGAAGAGUCUGGCUGGGGAGACGGUGCUGAUCACCGGAGCGGGCAGCGGCAUCGGGCGCAUCAUGGCCACCGAGUUCGCCAGCAUGGACGUCACGCUGGUGCUGUGGGACAUCAACCUGGACGGGGUGAAGGAGACGGCUCAGGCGGUUAAAGAGAAGAGCGCUCGGAGUGUGCACUACUAUCAGGUUGACUGCAGCGAUCGGGCUGAGGUGUACCGAGUGGCAAAGCAGGUUAAACAGGAAGUUGGAGACGUCACUAUCCUAAUCAAUAAUGCCGGCAUCGUCACCGGCAAGAAGUUCAUGGAUUCUCCAGACACCCUCGUCGAGAAGACGCUCCAAGUUAACACGAUGGCUCACUUCUGGACGUACAAAGCAUUCCUUCCAGCGAUGACGGAGAAAAACCACGGCCACCUGGUCUCCAUCGCCAGUUCCGCAGGACUGAUCGGUGUUAAUGGUCUUGCAGAUUAUUGCGCAAGCAAGUUUGCUGCCGUGGGCUUUGCCGAGUCUGUAGCUCUGGAGCUAAUAGCCACGGGAAAAGACGGCGUCAAGACGACUAUAGUGUGUCCGUAUUUCAUCAACACAGGGAUGUUUGACGGCUGUGGCACAAAAUGGCCGCAUUUCCUUCCCCUCCUGGAACCUGAAUAUGUUGCGAAGAAGAUCUUGAACGCCAUUCAGACAGAACAGCCCUUUCUUUUAAUGCCAAGGAGCAUGUACCUUUUAAACUUUUUGAAAAGUUUCCUGCCGUUUAAGGAUGCCGUGAUCCUGGGCAUGUACUUCGGAGCUUUCAACUUCAUGGACACUUUCAAAGGAAGACAAAAGAAACUGAAUUAAUCCGAGAACCAAACUAUACAUCAGAUCCCGAAUGUGUUCCAGUGGUGCCUUGUUGAACCUGCAUUAUUGAGUCUGUUUACACUUGACGAACCGUCCACUUGAAGGGCAUUCUUUACUUUGUUAGACAUCGAUGUGUACGAUCAAAGACAUUAAUACACUGCUGGUAUUUGAGUUUUAGUUUUGAGUUUAAUUUUUUUUUUUUCUUUUUAAGUUUAGAAAUGUUACGAAAUACACUGAGGGACAUCAUUUUGUUUGUUAACAUACAAUAGUUUAUUAAAUAUUAGAAAUUAUCAGUUUAACAGCAAACAAAACAGAACAUUUUCACUGUCAGGAAGCAGCUGUCAGUUUUUGAUGCCUGUUUUGAAAUAAAAUAUUUUGAAUGAUGUUUUCAUUCUGUAUAAAAUUGAAACCAUAAAAGACUAA